AUGAACCGGAGUGAUGGUUUGGUGAGACGAGCCGUUAAAACACGGGAUAAUGGAGCUGAAGGUGGUGCUGCUGGCCUAAAUGCAAACACACCGGACGACGAUAACGAUUUGAAUAAUAGUAAUAAAGAUCAAGAGGACAAUAUAGAUGAUGGAGAUUCCAAACAGACACGUCUAACACUCAUGGAAGAAGUGUUGCUGUUGGGCCUAAAAGACAAGGAGGGAUACACAUCUUUUUGGAAUGAUUGCAUAUCGAGCGGUUUACGUGGCUGCAUUCUCAUUGAACUCGGUUUGCGGGGUCGUGUGAUGAUGGAGAAAACGGGUAUGCGUCGCCGUGGUUUGUGUUCCAGAAAACUCGUAUUGAAAUCAGAUCAGCCGACUGGUGAUGUGUUACUCGACGAAGCGUUAAAACAUAUUAAAGAAACAGAUCCACCAGAAACUGUGCAAAGUUGGAUAGAAUAUUUGAGUGGCGAAACAUGGAAUCCCUUGAAAUUGCGGUAUCAAUUGAAAAACGUGCGCGAACGUUUGGCAAAGAAUUUAGUGGAAAAGGGCGUGUUGACAACAGAGAAACAAAAUUUUCUACUUUUCGAUAUGACGACACAUCCGCUUAGCGAUAAUGUGGUCAAAUGUCGUUUAGUGAAAAAGAUACAAGACGCCGUACUUUCCAAAUGGAUCAAUGAUCCACAACGCAUGGAUAGACGUAUUUUGGCCUUAAUAUUUUUGGCGCAUGCUAGUGACGUAAUCGAAAAUGCAUUUGCGCCGCUAAAUGACGAUGACUAUGAAUUGGCCAUGAAGCGUGUGCGUGAAUUGUUGGAUUUGGAUUUUGAAACGGAGGCGGCCAAACCGAACGCAAACGAAAUACUUUGGGCAGUGUUUAUGGCUUUCAGUAAAUAAGAUCCUGUUAAUUAUUAUGGGAUUGAAUGAUGAGCAAUCACGCUAUCUGCCAAUGCCACUUUUAUAUAUAUACAUGCAUACAUACACAAUAUACAUAGUUUACAAAAAUCUAGUAGACAAAAAAAAACCAACAAAUGGAUUUUUCUAACAUAUGAGAAUAAUUACUAUCAUAAAUUUAUAUUAUGAAUAUGAUGUAUUUAAUUUUUUCUUGCGAAAUGCCACUACAUACAGAUACUUUUCCAUUAUUUACAAUUGUUGUGAAAGAUAAAAAAUUUAAAUAAUAAUAAUAAAAAUAUACAGCUAUACAUAGACACAUAAAGAAAAAAAGAAAACAAAUUUGAAAUAAUGGAAAAAUAAAAAAAUUAGAGAGGUAAUAUUGCAUAAUAAAUAGUAUUUAAAAAAAGAGUAAAUAAUAUUAGCAUUGGUAAUAAAGGACACAUAUAUUUGACAAAAACAAAUCAGACGAAAAAUGCAAGAGAAACAAAAUCAUAGAUAACAACACAAAACAAUAGGUAUUUUAUAUAGAUAAUAUUACAUAUAUAACGCAAAAAGAGUUUGAGUUUCACAAAGACAUCACUAAAGUCGAAAGAUUUGGAGAGCCAAGCUCAAAAUCAUGUGCUUUUUUGUUUUGUAAAAAAUCCUUACUAAAUUUGUUCCAAAGUUGCAGACGUAAUAUCUGAUAUGCAAGACACGAUUUUGAGAACUCUAAACGUCUGUGGAUUUUAUCUCAAUGUCUCUGUGUAGUAAGCCACAAAAAUGUUAAGAAUAGUUAUUGCAAUGUGAAUAUAAGAAAAUAUUAAAAAAUACGGAAACAAUUGAGUAUAUUAUGUAACAAACGAAUAACGACAACUGCAAUGUAUUAGUAAGACAAGCACUGAAUAAUAAUUUGCUGUUUAAAAAAACUUCAAUUGAAA